CAGCAAUACCAAAAUUUGAUCUGACUGAGCUCUACUUUUCCUAGACCUAAUGAGCUUCUACAUCUCUUCCAUCGAGCUUACCGCGCCAGUAUCUGUUUUCUUGUAACAAGCUAUUCCUCUUAUUUCAAGAAAAACCAGUGCAUUUAUGAUUAUGCAUCAUAAGCCCUCGCUGGAUCAGGGCAGAUUUUCUUGUUCGUUAUGCCCGCCUUGACAUAGUCACAGAGUGGAGAGAGGAGAAUUUUGGGUGAGCGAACCUUUUUACCUCUCAAACACGCACCCUUCAUAAAAUACACAUAAUGAGCGAGAUACCACCUAGCCAAACUUUAUAUUUGCAGAAUCUACCUGCCAAGAUCAACAUGGAAGAGCUUCGAGCAUCGCUCUACCAUUUGUUCGUGACACACGGAGAGAUCAUGGAUAUUGUUACCAAAAAAGCAAACGAAAUGCGUGAACAGGCUUUUAUUGUGUACGAAGAUAUUGCAUCGGCAACGACAGCAAAGCGUACUUUGGACGGAUUCAGCUUUUACGACAGACCAUUGAAAAUCGAAUAUGGCAAGACCAAAUCACACGUGGUAGCCAAGUUGGACGGAACGUAUCGGUUGCGGUCGUUGGAUGGCAACAAGAAGGAAUCAACAGCAGUAGCAACCAGCUCGAACAAGGUCAUGAAGCGUGAGCCCGCAGGCGAGGAUGAAGAUGGCAGGCCAUCAAAAAUGGUACGGAGAGAGGAAGCAGAAAGCGAUGACGAUGACGAUGAUGAAUAAACAAAUUAUGCUACUGUGUUUGCACUAUUCUUCGAUUUGGGUGUUCAUAUUGGGUAUAUUGAAUAUACAAUAUAUAUCAUGUGUUUGCAAUAAAUGAAGAAGACGAAAGGCUUCUACUUUACA